AUGGUCUCACACACAGCCUGAGUCUGGAAAGAAUACAUGAUUAUUUUUGGUGGUAAAGAAGCCCCUACUGAUAGUGAUGAUGAAGGUAAUAAGCGUAGCAAAGAAGAAAAAUGCUCUAAUGAUGUUUCGUUUUAUAAUUUGAAUUCGAAGACAUGGAUCCAACCAAAGAUUAGUGGCCCACUCCCAACACCAAGAUAUGGUCAUACCGCUUGUAUGUACAAGGAUUAUAUGAUUAUUGAUGGAGGCUGGAGUGGCAGGAAAGUUCUGAAAGAUACCUCAGUAUUGGAUCUAUCACAAGGAAUUAUUGACGCUAAAUAUGUAUCCCUCAAGGAUAUUAUGCCAGCUGAUCAUGAUAACAUUAAGUUGAGGGAUGAAGAUAGAUAUUGCCCUCCAAAGAGACACUUCCACUCAGCAAAUAUUAUUGGCAAUAAGAUGUAUAUUUUUGGAGGAGGGGAUGGUAAAAGAUGGAACAAAUCUUUAUACAUCUUAGAUCUAGAGACCUCAGAAUGGUACAAACCAAGAACUAAUGGCUUAUCUCCAUCUGGAAGACUCCAGCAUACCUCCUUUGUAUAUCAAGAGAAGCUUUACAUUUUCGGGGGAGAACCUGAAACACCGUCAUUAUUAAAUGACAUGUACUGAAUAGAUAUGGACACAUUCGCAUGGACCCGGAUAGAUUUAGGAUCUUUGAGCCUAUCAACUGCAAGCAUUAUUCCAAACUCUGAAGAUAUGAAGAAUAAAAAGCUAUCAGUCAGCAUAACUCCAAGAGUGGCAUCAGGAAGCAUUGUUGCCAAAGACCAUGUCUUUAUUUUUGGAGGUUAUGAUGGAGGAAAGUGGCUAAAUGAUUUCUUAGCCAUCAACCUGAACACUCAUGAAACCAAGAUGGUUAACUACGCGGAAGAAGUCCAAAGUAGAUGAAGGCACUCCAUGAUUCUCCACAAGGCUGAAGACAAAUGCAAUGCUGUUAUUUAUGGAGGAACUGAUGGGAAUAAGGUUUUGAGUGAUGUCUGUAGCAUUGAAAUCCCAGACGACUUAGAGUCAAAGACUAGAGAAGAGAAUGAAACUGCUCAGAACGAUGUUGAAGAUAAGAAUUCCCAAACUUCUGACAACCAGACCGAGAAACAAGAUUAUUCUUCCCUCUUUGGAGAUAAGAAGUAUGCAGAUCUUGCUUUUAAGGUCAAAGAUGAAUAUAUUCCAGCUCAUAGCGUUAUUUGUGCUAUAAAAUCACCCUUUUUAAAGGAUAAAAUUGAUAGCUCGUUUGCAGCGAGUGAGAACUCUGGUAGAAAUCUGUCAAGUUCAAGCAAAUCGUUAAUUGACAUGAUACCAAUAAUUCCAGCUGAGACAGAGACUUGCGACCAGAGUUUGAACGAUAUCGGGGAGAAAUUAAACAAAGAAAAUGGAGAAGAACAGGAUGAACAUAAUGUUGAUGAUAAGAAAGAAUCUUUAUGAGAUGGAUAUCUGAAGACUAAGAAGAUCGUAGAAAUAAAUGAGUUUUCAGGAGAAACCUUGAAGAACAUCCUUGAAUAUAUUUAUGGUAAAGAGACUACUCUUUCCUCUAAGGCUGCACUAGAAUUGAUCAUUCAAGAAGAUAGUAGCCUUAACAUAAAAGAUUUGACUUUGAAAGCAGAAAAGCAGGUAUCAGAGUUAUUCACUCCUAAAGAAGAUAAUACUACGAACACACCUAGUGACAUAAUUCAGUUGAUCUCAGAAGAUAUGAAUAUAUCAGUGACUCAUAUACUAAAGCUACAUAGCUUAGCUGAGAAAUGCAACAACGCAGAUCUGAAGCAACAGCUUUUGCUUUACAUGACUCAAAACUUUGAGCUUAAGAAAAAAUAA